UGAGCUGCGCGCACACGACUCAGGAGCCUCCGAGCGGAAGAUGCUACUGCAGGGAGGACAAUCUGCUGCACUUUUUCUGGGACUUUUGCACCUUUUGAACGCACCUUAUUCUCUGGGCUUCAACCUGGACACCAGACAUGUGAUCAGGAGGGACGGGCAGCCUGGGAGCCUCUUUGGCUUCUCUCUGGCUUUGCACCGGCAACUCAACCCGGACAGACGAAUGUUAUUGAUUGGCGCCCCCAGAGCCAGAUCUUUGGGCAAACAGACCGCCAACAUCACCGGAGGUCUCUAUAAAUGCGACCUCAGCCAUUCCACUGACUGCGAGCGUGUUUUAUUUGACAGUGAAGAGGACAUCCGAGUGGAGAACAAGGAGAACCAGUGGAUGGGGGUGACGGUGCAGAGUCAGGGACCGGGGGGGAAGAUUGUGACGUGCGCUCAUCGCUACCAGAGGCGCAUGUUUGUCAACACGCCGCAGGAGGCCCGUGACAUCACAGGUCGCUGCUACGUGCUGAGUCAGGACCUGUCCAUCAACCAGUCCUCCGACGAGGACGGCGGCAACUGGAACUUCUGCGAGGGGCGGGCCAGAGGUCACGAGAUGUUCGGGUCGUGCCAGCAGGGUCUGGCUGCCACCUUCACCAAGGACUACCAUUACUUGGUGUUUGGAGCUCCUGGAGCGUACAACUGGAAAGGCAUAGUUCGUGUGGAGCAAAAAAACGACACGCUGUUGGAGAUGGGAGUGUACGAUGACGGCCCUUAUGAAGUUGGCGACGAGGACGUCUUGAACCCUGAACUUGUACCCGUGCCUGCUAACAGCUACUUGGGAUUCUCCCUGGACUCGGGUCACAGCAUCACCAGGAGGCGUGGCCUAACGGUGGUGGCCGGAGCGCCCAGAGCCAAUCACAGUGGAGCUGUGCUGCUGCUGAGGAAGGAGAACGACGCCUCGUCCCGACUGGCCGUGGAGCACACCCUGUACGGGCCCGGGCUGGCGUCCUCCUUCGGAUACGACGUGGCCGUGGUCGACCUCAACGGGGACGGGUGGCAGGACAUCGUAGUGGGAGCGCCUCAGUUCUACAUGAAGGACAAAGACGUCGGAGGGGCGGUUUACGUUUACAUCAACCAGGCGGGACGAUGGGUGGGUGUCACUCCUCUCCGAUUAAACGGCACCAGAGACUCCAUGUUUGGUCUGGCGGUGGAAAACAUUGGAGAUGUCAAUCAAGACUCUUAUGAAGAUAUCGCCAUCGGAGCGCCAUAUGACGAUGGCGGCUACGGAAAAGUCUACAUUUACCACGGCUCUGCAAGGGGACUCGUCACCAGCGCUGCUCAGAUCCUUUUCGGAAAAGAACACAAUAUUGGACUUUUUGGCUAUUCUCUGGCAGGGAACAUGGACCUGGACAGCAACUCUUAUCCCGACCUGGCUGUGGGCUCUCUGUCAGACUCAGCACUCGUUUACAGGGCAAGACCAGUCAUUAGUAUCCACCGAAAUGUCCAAAUAUCCCCUCGGGAGAUUGACCUGACAAUAAAGAACUGCGGAAACAACAUUUGCUUCACUGUAGAUGCUUGCUUCAGCUACAAAGCAAACCCGACGUCCUACAAUCCAAGACUAACUAUCAGCUAUUCUGUGGAGGCGGAUGGAGACCGCAGGAAACAAGGAUUAUUGUCCAGAGUGGUGUUCCUGAACAAAUCCCACUCUGACACAGAACAUCAGUUGAAUGGUACCUUGGACCUGCGAGGGCAGAAACAGGAAACGUGCAUCAAAAUUAAAGCCAAGUUAAAGGACAAUAUCAAGGACAAGAUGCGAAGUGUUCCCAUUGAGGUGUCUGCACAAAUAGUUGGUACCAAGCGUCAGAAGUCAAAGAGUGGCCUCCCCCAGCUGAUGCCCAUCUUAGAUUCUUCUCUGCCCAGUAAAGACGUCAUUGAGGUGAAUUUUGUAAAGGAGGGCUGUGGGAGUGAUCACGUGUGUCGCAGUAACUUGAGGAUGGACUACAAACUGAUGUACAAGCAGAGCAAUCAAGACAUUUACUCGCCAUUACCAAUCAGGAACAAUGUUCCCAUCUUCCAUCUGAAGUACGAGAGGAAGGACUUGGCUGUGCGGCUGACCAUCAGCAACAUGAAGGGCGACGACGCCUACGAGGCCAAGCUGUUGGGCUCCUUCCCCCAGGCGCUCUCGUACUCGGGAGUUCGUUCACAUCGAGCCGUGAUGGACAAACAGAUCAUUUGUGUAGCCAAUCAAAAUGGCUCUCAGGCCGACUGUGAGCUCGGCAACCCCUUUGAGCAGGACUCUGAGGUGACAUUUUACAUCAUCCUGAGUACUGUGGCAGUGACUCUGGACACCACACAGAUUGACAUCGACCUGCAGCUCCAAACAACCAGUGUACAAGAACUUCCAGUCCAAGUGCGAGUCAAAGCCAAAGUGAUGAUCGAGCUGCCACUGUCGAUCACUGGAGAAGCCAGUCCUCAUCGUGUUUCAUUCGGAGGUGUGGUGAGAGGAGAGAGCGCCAUGAAGAGUGAAGAAGAUGUUGGCAGUUUGGUCAAUUACACAUUCAGAAUUAACAACUUGUGGGGCACCUCUGUCAAAUCCUCGCUGCACAUUCAGUGGCCCAAAUCGACCAAAAACGGCAAGUGGCUUUUAUACCUGGUGAAGAUGAGCGCUCAGGACGGCUCGCACGAUGUCCUCUGCACGCCACAGUCUGAGAUCAACCCUCUUCAACACAUCCAGGAGACGUCUGCAUCUCGGACAAAGCGGGACCUUGGACAUAAAAAAACACUGUCAGACAAAAAUAGGAUUUUGUCGUGUGGGAAGGACUUGCAGUGUGUGGUGUUGAAGUGCCCCCUGCAGGGACUCGAUGGCUCCAGAGUGGAACUCAGAGCUCGUCUGUGGAACUCCACCUUCCUGGAGGAUUACACUUCUCUGUCAUCCUUGGACAUUAUUGUGAGGGCUUCACUGGUGCUGCACACUCAGGCCACAAACAUGAUCCUGGCGACCCCCAACACGGAUGUGACCCUUACAGUGUUCCCAGAGAGUGAAGUGGCCCAGUAUGGUGGCGUGCCCUGGUGGAUCAUCCUGGUGGCUGUUCUUGCAGGAGUCUUGAUUUUGGCUCUAUUGGUUUUUCUGCUCUGGAAGUGUGGAUUCUUUAAACGCUCCAAGCAAGACAACAUCGUUCCCCAGUACCACGCCGUGCGCAUCCGAAAGGAGUCUCCUCACUGCCCGGACGGCAAAGUCAAGCUGGACCCUUUUGAGAAGAAGCAGUGGUCGACAACGUGGGUCGACAAUGAAAGCUAUUCUUAAAAAACGACUUCUAAUCAACUUAUUUGUCUUAAAUUAGUGGACACUUGUCGAGUACAAGAGCUCCAGGUAGUCAUUAGAUUGUGCAGGUGUAAAAUUCAAUGCAACAUGUUUUUGUUAGUCUUUCAACACUGUAUAGAUGAUUUUUGUAUAUAUUUCUGCAUAUUGUAUAUUUAUUUUUUGAUAAAUUGAGCCAAAGAUGCUUAGUUUUUUGCCUGCACUGGACCAACGUCUGUAUAAAAACAGGGGUACUGUCUCUUUAAAACCUUGCAUCAUUUGAAAACCCAUACAGAGAAGGCACAGUUUUUACAUUUAAUUAUUCAGGAUUUUUGUACUUUUUCAUUCAUGGUGACUGUAGAAAUACUUCAUGGCAACUCUCAAGAUGCUGGUUUUGUAAUUAUUGUUGCAUCAUGGUAGCAUUGUCACUGAAGUGAUUCUCUUUUUUUGUGAGGAAGCUUAAGGCAGGAUAGCUGCAAAAAAAAAUUAAAAAAUUGUAAAAUUAUUCAGGAAUGUGUUACAUUUGAAUGUUCAAUAAACAUUGUUUAAA